CUUUUUCUUCCCCCCUCCCCGCCGGUCUCGCGCCUUUCAUUUGCCGGCUGCGUUGUUCGCGUGACGCCGCAGUUGCUGCCGUUGCUCCGCUUUCUCUCUCUUUCUCUCCUCAGGCGCGUCACGUUCGCUCGCUCGCUCUUCUCGUUUUUCUUCUUCUUCUUCUUCUUCUCUCUCGUCGUCUCUCUAUGGACAACUACAUCCACGUCCCGUCGGGCUCGCCUGAGGUACCCAAGCUGGACAUCUUCGUCAGCGAGAGGGACCCUUCGGGCGGCGGCAAUCCGGGUUACCGCCGCGGAGCCCUGGAGCUGCUUCGCCGGCUUAGGCCCGAUUGGAAGCCCGAGGAGGUGACGCUGAAGAUAUUUACAGAUGGAAUCACAAAUAAACUCAUUGGCUGUUAUGUGGAUGAAAAAAUGGAUGAUGUUGUCCUUGUUAGAAUUUAUGGGAAUAAGACAGAACUCCUAGUUGAUCGAGAAGAGGAAGUGAAGAGCUUCCUUGUCCUGCAGGCCCAUGGUUGUGCACCCCAACUUUACUGCACCUUCAGCAAUGGCCUGUGCUAUGAGUUCAUACAAGGAGAGGCUCUGGAUCCAGAACAUGUUUGCAACCCAGAGAUAUUUCGACUGAUAGCAAGACAACUUGCUAAAAUACAUGCUAUUCAUGCUCACAAUGGAUGGAUACCCAAGUCAAACUUAUGGAUAAAGAUGGGAAAGUACUUCUCUCUUGCACCAACAGAAUUUGCAGAUGAGGAGUUGCAUAAGAGGUUUCUACAAGAUGUGCCAAGCCGUCAAAUUCUACAGGAUGAAAUGGCAUGGAUGAAGGAGAGACUCUCUAACCUAGGUUCACCAGUGGUACUUUGUCAUAAUGAUGUCUUGUGUAAAAAUAUCAUCUACAAUGGAAAACAAGGUGAUGUUCAGUUCAUUGACUACGAAUACUCUGGAUAUAAUUACCUGGCUUAUGAUAUUGGGAACCACUUCAAUGAGUUUGCAGGAGUGAGUGAGGUUGACUAUAACCUCUAUCCAAGCAGAAAGCUGCAAGAACAAUGGUUGAGAUCUUAUUUGGAAGCUUACAAGGAAUAUAAAGGAUUUGGAACAGAUGUCACUGCAAAAGAGGUUGAGGUGCUCUAUGUCCAAGUGAACCAGUUUGCUCUGGCCUCUCAUUUCUUCUGGGGAUUGUGGGCCCUAAUUCAAGCCAAAUACUCCACUAUUGACUUCGAUUUUCUAGGGUAUGCAGUUGUUCGCUUCAAUCAGUACUUCAAAAUGAAGAAUGAAGUAAUGGCAUUAAAACUUCCUGAGUAGAAUUUGAGAACUUGGUUACCCGCCUGUUGAGAAGAUUCCUUACUGUUUUUGUCAUGAGUGCAUAAUAGGAAAAAGCUCUACAUUUGUAUUAUUCCUUCUUCUUCUUCUUUUGCUUUUCAUUGCCUCUAAAUAAUCUUUCAAUGGUAAACUUCAAACGAAAGUCUUUUCUGAUAUUGUGGAAGAAUUAGAAGCUAAUGGAUUUCUGAAACACAAGGAGAGCAAAUUUAAUCCUUUUUCUUGUAUUUUUGUUUAAAUGUGAGACAUGAAUUAUUUAUUACGAGUUUAACAUUCCAUUGCUGCUGUUUAUCGGUCCUCCUUAAGGGAGAGGAUGCAGGUGACCAUCCUGUAAACUUUUUUACAUCUCAGAUUGGUACAGCAUUCAGUUGUUUAACUGUGAACUACAUGGAGUCUACACAACAACAGAUCCCAGUUUGUACUCAAGCCAUUGGUGCUGACUGGAGAUUUCAUCAGGGUGGAACAAAAUAAUUUUCAUUCUCUUGUUUCUCUCAGCUCUAGCAAGUUGCUGUAUGGGGGUGGGGGAGGGGGAAAUGACCGUUCUUGUAUAUAGUGGAAGCAAAAAUGUUGGAGAGACCUGCUCACUGCAUUAAGGAAAUGAUACCCACUUUCUGUUGGCUUUUAAAUUUGAAGAGGGAUCUUAUCUUGAAAUGUAAGCUUUAAAUGACCACUCAUCCAGGUGUCGUGUAUUUUCCUCCCUAACAAGUUUUUUUUAAACCUUUGAACACCUUGUUAUAUAAUCUAAGGAUAAAGAUAGUAGCUAGAAACUGUAGUAAAAACCAACAGGGUUUUUGUUGAGCAGUCCUGUAAUAAUUGGGAGCAAAACUUAAUUUUUUUUUUAUUUCUUUAGGCUUGGUGAGUGUCCACAUAAUUUUCUUCAUUGACUUCCUUACCUUGAUUCCACCUUCUUCAUCCUUUCUUUAGUAAACGGUAGUGGCAUUUGAAGAACGAGAAUUGGUCACUGACAUUUUAAUCUUCUUUUUCAAAAGCCAUCCUACCAGGAAUGGUUUAAAUUUCAAAAAAUGUGAAAUGAAACACAAUGUUUACUUAGCGUAUGUGUGAGAGUAUGUGUGUUUAAGAAUGGGGAAGUUGCGCUAAACUUUGAAAGUCGUGACAUUAAGUUCAAUAAUAGUUUUUGUUGGUCCUAUAUUUUUUUGUCCAUUUUGGUCUCUUAAGUGCCCAUAUAUGUGAAGUCUGUGUGUUCAUAGGCAUUAUAUAAAGGCAGAUAUACCUUAAACAGCAAUGAAGUGGAGAACCUGUUGUCCAGACUCAGUAAAAAUAUUUAUUCAGAAAUAUUUUAUGGGACUCUGUAAAAUAAACAUUGGAUGAAAAAUAAACCUGACUUGAUCUGAUGUGGGAUAUGAAUGAAAAAUUUAACCCAAAGUUACUGAUAACAUCUGUUUACAGAAAUAAAAACAUGACGAGGUACAUUUUGAGAUAGUUCUAAAACCAUUGUCCUUUUAAAUGCCCCAAACAUUGGUACCUCAAAUGUCCCAUUAUUCAACAAUGAAAUUAGUUUAGGAAAAGUAGGGUACAAUCUAUAUUCUGUGGUCAGUUUUCCCCAGUGUGGUGCUGAAUGGGUGUAAUGAACAUAACUACCUGGUUGGUUCUGAGGUUCCAGGUUAUCAGUAUGGUAACAGGAAUUAUAUUCUACUCAAAUUUAAAGGCUUUCAUAUGGAGAAGGGUAGUUUUACUUUAAGAUACAUUUCAGCUCUUACCACAGAUGUACAUAAAUUGGGCAGCUUCUUUUGAUCAUCAGUGUUGAGCCAAUUAUUAAAGAAAAUGUAUAAUUUAUCAGGUAAAAGGGUGUUGCUCGAGCUCUAGAAAAUAAGAAAACAGCUCCUUUUUAUGUCUUUUUAUUAAUUUUACGUAUUCUUUAAUGCCUUUUUACGGUGAGGCCCUUAGGAAUUAGGCAGAAUUAAGUUACAGAAAGCUUUAAUUUUCAAAAGCCUAAAACUGCUUUGUUCAAAAUGCUCUCUGAAUUUAACCUUUAUAGAUUGUUGGAAAAAAGUAAAAGUUACUUUUCAAGCUAGCCCCCCCCCCCCCCCCAAAAUCCAGCCAAGGCUUAAGGUUUAGUAAUACUUGGAAAGGUUAUUUUAGUUCAUUAUCAUAAUGGUUACUAUCAUCUUCCCCCCCCUUUUUUUGGUACAUAAAAAAUGAUAUCCAAAGUUUGAUGGUUCAUCUCCUCUGUUAAGCUGGAUAGAAAAGAAUGUGCCUCACUGGAUGAAUCUACAGAUACUGAUAAACUUUUACUACAUUUCAACUGAGCUUAAUAUGAACCAAUUAAAAGUUUUUCUUAAAAAAAAUAAUGAGCUCUUUAGAAGAGAUGUAUUUUGGCUUCGUCUCCAAGGUGGCUGGAUUUCAAUCAUGUUUCCAUUUUUGCCAGAAUGAUGUUAGAUUGAACAUUUUCCAGCACAGUGUGUUUCUGAAUACAUUGAAGACGUAUAAAAAUAAUUAGUGGUUUUAACUCAUUCUUAAGAGAAAAUGUCCAUUUACCUUAAACAGUAGUACAUGUAGCUUAAUAUUUUGUUAUUUCAGAAGCUUCCAUUUUCUGCUCUCCCACUUUUUAAUUCCUACUUUGGAUUUUUGAGGUGACUUUAUCACACUUUCCAGUUUGCUGUCAUUUUUUCAAGUACUUGAAUCUUUUAUUUUCCAGAACUCUAGAAAACAACCUCAGGUAGUUCUGGCUGUGACUUGGUAACGAACUAAUCUGUUGCCUGUACUUUUAAGCUAAAAGACCCUUAUGCCAUCACUAGAGACAUUGUUGUAAACUGUAGUGAAAAAUAGGGAGUUACUAGAAACAGCAUUCAAUACUGUAAACAUAAGCCUACAGACCAUAGUGGCCUAGUAGCUUUUGUAAAGCAGAAAUGCGUGAAUUUUUUCAUCACACUGGCAAUCAGACCAGGUUAAUCAACCUAUCCGAUGAAUUCUGAAGCUUCCUUGGUGUAAUGGUGGUGGAUUUAGAAGAAAAUUGGCAUUGUUUUGAACUCUUGGCCUGGGGUUCUUAAUGUGAAUUUUGUAGAAGGAUUAGCUAAUCAAUUUAAGGUAACUGGGUCUAACUGUGUAUAUAUAAUAAUGUAAAUAACCAUUUGUAAAUUAGUGUGAAUUGUAUGGUACCUCGCAUUUAUGAACUUUAUGUAUUUUCGUUGUAUGUUCCUUUUUGUAGAAUUUGGAUGUAAACCAAAUAUCCAGUUCUUGACAUCUGUUGAACUCUUUUUGUUAAAUAGGCUGCCUUCAAGGGAAUUCCCAGUUGGAAAACAAUAGUACCUGAGGAUGCAUAUUAGCUUACAUAAGGUGUCUUUCUUAUGGUGUUUGUAGUGUCUGCCUUAGUAUUCAUACAUUUUCGUUGGAAGAACUAAUCAAUCUAAACACGAGUUAGCACAAUUGCUUUCAAGUGACAAUAUCCAUUCUAGUAGGAAGCAGAUUGGCUAAUUAGAGGAAAAGUGGUUUUCUCUCCUGAGAUAUAAUGAAGGUCCACUCCGAGUUGGGCUUGUCAUGCACAGGUAACUCUUGCUUUGAAAAACCCUUGUACAAAUUCCUAACAGUGCAGAGUCCUGCAUAUUAAACAACAACAUCAAAAUGUGAGAAGUAGAAAUAGAAUUCGCCACUAUUGCAAUUGGAAACAGCUCAUGCAAAAAGAAAGAUACAUAUAAAAUUGCAGCAGCAAAUGAUACAGUGAAGUCCUUAACAUAGUUAAGAAAUUUCAACAAGACAUGCUUAAGAGUACUUUGUUUUACUCCUGGUUCACUUUGAGCUUUUCAUAAAAUCUGGAUUUGCACCCUCUGAUUCAUUGACAUCCUCCAAAAAAUCUUGUACCCCUGUAGCAAGAGGAUUUGUUGGACCACCCUUAAAGGUUGUUAAAGUUGCAAGAAUUCAAGGGUACCCUUUUCUGCUUCUGUAGAACUGAUGAAGUUGGACAUUUUUUCUCAAUUUCCCCUAAUUUUCCUUUUGGUUUAAAGAAACCUGACCCCUAAAAGUGAAACUUUCUCCUUGUCAGUCCGAGUACAUGUUCUUGAAAAGUUGUAUUCUGUUGAGCCUACUUUUUAAAAAUGAAUUUACUUGUGCUUCGUAAAAUUUCCUUCACACACAAUAAAGUUGCAAGGGCUUGAAAUGAAUAGUUAAUCUAAAGUUUUUCUGGCCUGGAGGUCAGUUUCUGUUUAGCUAGAUUGGCCAAAUAUAGGGAAUCUGACCCAUUAUGGACAAUUGUCCACUGCUGCAUCAUUAUUGAUGAUAAAUAAAUAAAGCAGCGUUUCUCAACAUUGGCAACUUUAAGAUGUGUGGACUUCGACUUCCAGAAUUCAUUCAACUGGCUAGCGAAUUCUGGGAGUUGAAGUCCACACAUCUUAAAGUUGAGCAACACUGAACUAGAGACUUCCCGAAGUAGUGCAGCCCUAUAACAUCGGAUGGUGCCUACCAGUUAAUGCUGUAUGCAGACUGGGAAGGGAGGCAGGGAGAAACAAGAUCGAUAGGAAUUAUUUGCGUAUAACAGUGCUCAGAAAAGUUGACGUUUUUGUUUGCAAAAUUAAUAAAUAGUGGCAUAGUGAUGAAUUGCCAAGUCCAUGCCUGUUUGAAAUAAAUUAGCAGAAAACAAAUUCUGAUUUUGGCGAUUUUCUCCAGCAAAGUGAAAAAAUUUCCUCACCCAGUCUCCAAAGAUGAAGGCCCUUACUUUGGUUUUGCUAUUGAAAUAUUGCUAUAUAAGAUCUCCAUAUAGUAGAAUACAUUGAUAUCCAAUGUGCUUUAAAUGAUGAAUUGAUGUUUGUGUUUAGGAUAUAUUUUUAAAAAAAACUUAAGCCUUUUGGAGGUGCCUGCCAUUUUGACAACGUCCUGAAACCCAGUCAAAGAAAGGGGGCCAAUCUGGAGCAAGUUCUUUCCAGCUUGGCUCUCCGUCCAUAGGCAAGUGCUAAUUAAUAGGUUGAUUGAGAUAAUAAAUAAGCACUUAAAUGAGUUGUAAGCAUUGCUGACAGAAAGUGCUGUAUAAAUUAUAAAUGACAGCAAAAGCAAUUCUCGCAAUACUAACGCAGACCAGCAAACAGUGGCUCAACUGUGAAAAUACUGAUUAAAAUUAUCAGUCCCAAGGAGCGGCAAUAUUACUGCUGGGCUUAAUUUCAGCAUGGUUUUAAAGCUUCUUGUGUUUCUGAUAAAUACCUAUAUCCUAUUUGUUUUCCAAGGUGGAUCCUGGUUGCAUAACAAGCCUUAUGCUUAAUUGUAAAUGGUGUCAGCGGGUUAAAAUAUUUUUAACAUCUUGCGCUAAUUAAAAACUGCAUUUACAAGGAUUCAUUUUUUGAGGCUGACCAUCCAUAUGUGACAACGACAACAACGACGUAUAGGAGCAGAUCACCCCUACCCCUUUGGCUCUCUUCUCUCUCCUUGCAUUUUAAACCUUUUGUUUGUUGAGUCAGUCCUGUCCUGUGAAGGGUUGCCUGUCCAAUGAAAGGGAGAGGAAAAAUCCCUAAUCUGUAUGUUA